AUGUCAUAUAACGAAUUUAUACAAGAUGAAGAUAGCAGCUCGACGGGUCGAGUUAUCACACUACCAAUAGUAAGAGUUCACACCACAUACACGACGUUGCUCACACUUGGGCCUGCCCCGUCAUCUGACUCUACACCUUACGAAUCCUCCACCGCAGGUUCCAUUUACGAGCAAUCAGAAGAAUCGAGCGAUCACAACAACGCUGCUGUGAUAGGUGCUUCGGUUGGCAUCUCAGUUGGACUAGCUAUUAUUCUUGGGUGGUGCCUAUGCUGUAGGAAAUGUGCCCGUGGACCUCGAGGUCCAAGAGGCGCACCUGGUAGGGACGGAGAUAAAGGGUCUCCGGGAUCCAUAGGCUCAAAUGGAAGACCAGGGCCAGUCGGACCGGCUGGACCACCUGGUCUUCAGGGCCCCCCGGGACCUAAAGGCUCAGAUGGAAGACCAGGGCUAGUCGGACCUGUUGGAGCCACAGGCAAAGUUGGACCAGCUGGGCCACCUGGCCCUCAAGGCCCCCCAGGACCUAACGGCUCAGAUGGAAAGCCAGGGCAAAAUGGAUCGGCUGGGCCACCUGGUCCUCGAGGCCCUCCAGGACCUAACGGCUCAGAUGGAAAGCCAGGGCAAAAUGGACCGGCUGGGCCACCUGGUCCUCAAGGCCCCCAAGGACCUAAAGGCUCAGAUGGAAGACCAGGACAAAUCGGACCUGUUGGAGCCAAAGGCCAAGUUGGACCGGCUGGGCCACCUGGUCGUCGCGGCCCCCCGGGACUCGUUGGGGCGAUGGGUCAAGUUGGUCCUGUUGGCCCAAGAGGGCCACUAGGUUUUCCAGGUUCACAGGGUUCUCGGGGCCUUCGGGGACAACCAGGACGAGAUGGACCAGUUGGAGCCAGAGGCCCAGUUGGACCCGUUGGCGCAAUAGGUCAAGUUGGACCCCGCGGGUAUCCUGGUUCUCCGGGCAUCCAAGGGGAUACAGGCGAGCAGGGCUUGAGUGGACGCGAUGGACGUGAUGGACGUGAUGGACGUGAUGGACGUGAUGGACGCGAUGGACGCGAGGGACGUGAUGGACGUGGUGGUGGACGUGAUAGACGCGGAGAAUCCUGCGACUCAUAUCACGGGCGGGUUAGUGAAUCCCGGCAGGAAAUUCGGAUCAUCCACGAUCAUGAUCAUAGUCAUCCUAGCCAUCGGAGAGCAUCGUCCGUGAGACGAUCUCCCCAAACCAUCUGUCAAAAUGCUCCUAUCUCUGGAGUCACUCCGGGAGAUCAGAUUGUUGUGAUCAGAAGAUGA